AUGAUGGGCAAGAUCAUCUUCUACGAGGACAGGAACUUCAUGGGACGUUCCUGGGAAUGCAGCAGCGACUGCUCCGAUAUGUCCUCCUACCUGAGCCGCUGCCACUCCUGCAGGGUGGAGAGCGGCUGCUGGAUGGUCUACGACCGCCCCAACUUCAUGGGUAAUGGCUACUUCAUCAGGAAGGGCGAGUACAACGACUACAUGAGCAUGUGGGGAAUGAAUGGUUGGAUCAAGUCUUGCCGCAUGAUUCCCAGGUACAGCGGACCCUACAGAAUGAGGGUCUACGAGAGGGAGAACUACAUGGGCCAGAUGAUGGAGAUGACUGAGGACUGCGAGUCCUUCAUGGACCGCUUCCACUGGUCCCACGGCUGCAUGUCCUGCCACGUCAUGGACGGCCACUGGCUCAUGUACGACCAGCCCAACUACAGAGGCAGGAUGUGGUACUUCGGACCCGGACACUACAGGAGCUUCAGGCACAUGAUGGGAAUGAGCGGCAUGAGGUUCAUGAGCAUGAGGCGCAUCAUGGACUCCUGGUAUUAA